AUGGAUCCUAACAGGAUAUCAGAAGAUAGCACUCACUGCAUUUAUAGAAUUCUGAGACUCCAUGAGAACACAGGCUUGCAGGACUCGACUAUGGAGAGUGAUGACACAGACGCACUACCUGACGCCUGCAGGAGAAUGAAGCAGGCCUUUCACUGGGCUGUGCAAAGGGAAUUACAGCAUAUUGUUGGGCCACAGCGCUUCACGGGAGUCCCAGCUAUGAUGGAAGGUUCAUGGUCCGAGCUGGCCCAGGGAGUCAAGUCAGAGGUUCAGCCUUUUGCUCAUCUCACUAUUAACGCUGCCAACAUCCCAUCGGGUUCCCAUAAAGUCAGCUUGUCCUCUUGGUACCAUGAUCGGGGAUGGGCCAAGAUCUCCAACAUGACUUUAAGCAAUGGGAAACUAAGGGUUAACCAAGAUGGCUUCUAUUAUCUGUAUGCCAACAUUUGCUUUCGGCAUCAUGAGACAUCGGGAGCCCUAGCCACAGAGUAUCUUCAGCUGAUGGUGUAUGUCGUUAAAACCAGCAUCAAAAUCCCAAGUUCUCAUAACCUGAUGAAGGGAGGAAGCACCAAAUAUUGGGCGGGGAAUUCUGAAUUCCACUUCUACUCCAUAAACGUUGGAGGGUUUUUUAAGCUCCGAGCCGGUGAAGAAAUCAGCGUUCAGGUGUCCAACCCUUCUCUGCUGGAUCCUGACCAAGAUGCGACCUAUUUUGGGGCUUUCAAAGUUCAAGACAUAGACUGACACUCAUUCUGUGGAGUGUUAGCAUGUAUAUCUUUGAUGUGUGGAAGCAUUUUCAAAAAUGGAAGAUGUAUAUAGGUGUGUAAGACUACUAAGAGGCAUGGCCCACAUUGUACAGAACUCAUGGUCUUCUCUCUUGACCCUGUUACAGGUCAUGCAUAUGUAAAAUCAAUAGGAGAUGUUAGACUCUUGGUGGUUACAUAAUGGUUGUACAAAUUUGUAAUGAAAUCCUAGAAUUAAAUCUGACUGGAAGAUGUAUAGUAAUGCCUAUCAAAAAUGGAAGGGGUCAUAGUCUCUGGGUCUAACUUCUGGCCAUGUGCCACUGAGAACCUCAAAGUUAAGAGGGUGCCAUUUCAUCGCAGACAAAUGAUAGUUUGAAGGGUUAAGUUCUUUUGAAGUGUUACAUCAUGCUGGAACCUGCAAAUGAGUACUUUUUUCUAGUAAGGAGAGAAAAUAUGUGUAUUUUUAUAUAAUAUCUAAAGUUAUAUUUCAGGUGUAAUGUUUUCUGUGCAAAAUAUUGUAAAUUAUGUUUGUGCUAUAGUAUUUGACUAAAAAAUAUUUAAAAAUGUCUCACUGUUGACAUAUUUAAUGUUUUAAAUGUACAGAUGUAUUUAACUGCUGCACUUUGUAAUUCCCAUGAGGGAACUUGUAGCUAAGGGGAAGGAUACUGUUUCAGGCGACCACAUGUAGUUUAUUUCUUCAUUCUUUUUAAUUUAACAGAGUAUUCAGACUUGUCAAGCCUAUUCAAACAAAAAAAAUUAAAAUGGAUACCUUGAAUAAUAAGCAGAAUGUUGGUCACCAGGUGCCUUUCAAAUUUAGAAGCAAAUUGACUAUAGGAGCUGACAUAGCCAAAAAGGGUACAUAACAGGCUACUGAGAUCUGUCAGAAGGAUUUAUGUAAUUAUGGAAUAGGUGUCUUUUUCUACAAGAGAUACAAAUUGUAAAUUUUGUUUCUUCUUUUGAUAGAAAAGCAUUGUGGUUUAUCUGCAAAAAAUCCACUUUAAUUUAGUGAAAGUUAUUUUGUUAUACUGUACAAUAAAAGCAUUGUCUCUGAAUGUUAAUUUUUUGGUACAAAAAUAAAUUUAUAUGAAACACGCCUA